GGAGCGUUCUAGUUGCGUCGCGUCGCGUCGCAGUGUGGAUGGGGUGUGACGUGCACACUGCGGGUUUAAACUCUGGCUGAUCAGGAAGAGGAGAUUGCGAGAGUUUGUUCACAGCUUUAUAGAAGCCUAGAGUUUAAUUUUUAAAAUAUUGGGUGAAUUAAAUUACAUCUAAAUUUGUUAAAGCGAAAGGAUCCGACGCAAAGAUGUCUGUUGCCGGACUAAGGAAACAGUUUUAUAAAGCGAGUCAGAUGAUGAGUGAGAAGGUGGGAGGUGCAGAAGGAACCAAACUGGAUGAGGACUUCAAAGACCUUGAGAAGAAGGCUGACGUCACCAGUAAAGCAAUAUCAGAUGUGCUCUGCAAAACUGCUGAAUACCUGCAGCCUAACCCAGCAUCAAGAGCGAGGCUGACCAUGGUGAACACUAUGUCUAAAAUGCGGGGGCAGGUGAAGAGCCCAGGUUACCCUCAGGCAGAAGGCCUUCUGGGAGAGUGUAUGCUCAAAUACGGCCGAGACAUGGGAGAAGACACCAACUUUGGUGGCGCUUUAGUGGAGAUGGGAGAGGCCAUGAAGAGACUGGCAGAAGUGAAAGACUCUCUAGACAUUGACGUCAAACAGAACUUCAUCGACCCUUUCCAAACUAUAGUCGACAAGGACCUGAAAGACAUACAGCAUCAUCUAAAGAAACUGGAGGGCCGUCGACUGGAUUACGACUACAAGAAGAAGCGUCAGGGGAAGAUUCCGGAUGAGGAGCUCAAGCUAGCAGCAGAGAAGUUUGAAGAGUCCAAAGAAGUGGCUGAAACCAGCAUGCAGAACCUUCUGGAUACUGACGUGGAGCAGGUGAGUCAGCUCACAGCUUUGGUCGAAUCACAGCUGCAAUUUCACAGACAGUCUGUGGAGGUCCUGGAGGAGCUGGCUAAGAGCAUGAGAGAAAGAGUAAACAAGGCCCAAUCUCAGCCACGCCAGAAACGGAUGCCUGCGUCCAGACCCAGUUUUGAUUGCUUGGAGCCGGAAGACUCCAACGGAGGCUGGAGUCCGUCAGCUGCACCAUCAUCAUCACCGUCCACAGCGGCCCCCUCCUUUAACAGGGCGUCUUCACGUCAAAAACGCAAUAUGACAGAUCAGCCAUGCUGCAAGGCAUUGUAUGACUUUGAAGCGGAGAACGACGGAGAGCUUGGCUUCUACGAGGGCGACGUCAUCACGCUGACCAAUCAAAUAGACGAGAACUGGUUCGAGGGAACCGUGCACGGCCAGACAGGAUUGUUCCCCUGCAACUACGUAGAGGUGAUGGUGCCGCUGCGGCACUGAUCACACACAAAACGGGAAGAGGAAGUGCAAUGUCAGGUACAGGACAGGGAAUAGGGGGACAUUUGUGACUUCACUAUAAGCACUUUGACCUCCUAAAAGAAAUGUUGGAUAAUAUAUAGUACGAGUCUGAAUUAUUAUUUGUUACUUAGCCUUCAGGUCCAGCAUUUUAGUUCAUCUUAGGAAACUCUAGCAUUCCCCAAAGUACAAUAAACAUCACUGAGAAGAUGUCAAAGAUAAAUCUGUUUUGAGAGUGUUCAUUCUAGAGUCAAAUGGAUUUUAUUUUCAUAUCAGUUUCCUAUAAUGAUGUUACAAAGAAGUGUCUUCUGUUGGUAAUCACUGACCUCUAGUGGCCACAGUUGUGUAUAACACCUCAUUAUGCAUUAAUAAUUAAUUCAGAGUUUACUCUAACAACAAAACAAAAAGGAAGGUCAACAGAAAAAUAAAAUGGUGUCUUUACAUGAGCACCAACAGGGAUAGUUUCCUCAAAAAUAGAAACUAAGUUUUAGUGUCUCACCCUCAUGCUGUUCCAAACACGAACCAGAAGUACCAGUUUGUGUUUAUGUACACAACAGUCAUUUUUACUUUUAUUUUUCUGCAUGAUACCACCCCUCGCUCUCUUUUCUAGAAAGGGGAACCUUUACAAAUCCACUUCUGACCUGUACUUGUGUUUCUGAGAACUAUAGUAGGACACACACAAUCAAAAACCUCAGCUUACAGAUAUUAAAGUUCCACAUGGAUGUUGAGUUCUUGAAAGGUAAAUUAAGUGCGUGCACCACUUUUGUUAUUGUUUUUUUUUUUUUAAGCCUUUAAGCCUUUUUUUGUGUGCCUUCUGGAUUAUUAUGGCUUAAAUCUGUCUCACUUCCUCAAAGAGGGAAAUCCGAAGUUCCUCUAGCCACUGAUCUUGGUUCAGUUUCUAUUUCUCAGGGAAAAGGUUCAUCUGCUGUAAUCCUGCUGUACAGAUAAACUCACAGGGGCUCAUUCAUAAUAUUCAACAUGUUUGGAACAAAACAAGACAUUCUUGCCUAAAGUGCUGACCAUUGAAAUCUGUUGCCUUGCAUAAACC